UCUGAAAAUAAACCAAAUUUUAUUUUAUUUUUUUUAUAUUUCCUAGAGUGGGGGAGGAAGAUUAAAAGGUUCUCUGUAUGAACAUAGUUGAAUUAUAUUCAUUGUAUAUUACUCAUUUAUUUACAUUGCAAACUACAGCCUAUGGGCAAAAUCCAACCCAAAGUCUGUUUUUGUAUGCCCUGAAAUUUGCAAUGACUUUUACAUUUUUAAAUGCUUGAAACUAUAUCAGAAGAAUAAUAAUGCUUUGUGACAAAAAUUAUAGGAAGCGGAUCCCUCUCUCUUUCCCUGCCCGCUCCAGGGCCAUUGCUUCACUCCUCUGCAAACUGAACGGCAGAUUAUAGGAAAAAAAUUAUAGGAAAUUCAAAUUUACGUCUAUGAGGCAAGUUAUAUUGGAAUCUAGCCAUGCACAUUUAUUUACUUAUUGGCUGUGGCCAUUUUGCGGGAACAGCAGCAGAGCCGAGUAAUAACGUUGGAGACCAGAUGCCCCAUAAAGCUUAAAUACUUACUACCUAGCCAUUUACAGAAAAGUUUAUCAGUCCUUGACCUAUUCUAUAUAGUCUGUGUCCAUUAAGAGUUUAUUGAAUGUCAUGAGUUAGAGAUACACCGACUAUGUCUGCUGAAGGCCUCUGCAGGGCAUAAUUGCUUCUGUCUAAUUGCUAAGAAAAAGAUUGGCCACUUUGCCUUAGCACUGAUUUUUCUGGCAGGUUUCUAUUUUGCCUUCUUAUGACACCUAUAUUCUGUCUAACUCUGAAGAGGUUUCUGACAACAUGUGUUACUUGAUUCUGUUUUUUCUUAGAAGAGGUAUCCCAAGUGGAGAUUUUGCAGCACAGCAUAUAAGAGGAUAUUUUUCUUAGUUUGCUCAGGUUUUACUCUCCUCAGUUUUUAUUUUGCAUUUAAAAAAAUCGUUGUUAUCUGAGAAAACCCUUUCUGUGUUGAUAAUGUCAGUUUGUUAUACAGACACGUUAUGUGUAAGACAAAUGGAUUGAGUUGUGUUAGUUAUGUUAACAACAGUGAUGGAUUUUUAAGCAGUGUAUUAACAUAGUAAAUCUUUCACCUAAAUAUCAACAACCUACUAUGUAUAAGUAGUUUUUUACUGCUAUAGUCUUUCAGUUGAAAGUUACUGUUUUACGUUCUUUCUUAGACAGAAAAUAAAAUUGUAAUUCAAAAUUAUGUGCCCUACAUAUUCUACCUGUGGAAAAAAUAGUUUUAAAAAAUAAUGUAUUAAAUACAGGCACUCCCCUAAAAUUCACUGAUCAGUGUUGAUACAUUUUACUUUUUUCUUUAGGUGGCAAAGGUAUUAUGAAAAGGAAAACAGUGAUUUAUCCAUUUUUCUAUAAAUAUCAGCAAGUUUUUUAGAUGUAAAAUUCACUCAUAAUAUGUAAACGAUAAUGUUGCAAAACUUUUGUUAUUUCUAGUAGGUAUCUGGACCAGGCAGCCAUGCUAGUUCCUGAUUGUGAUCCUGUGCUUGCCUUACCAUAGUGACGCCACAUUGAUUCUAGAGAUUGACAGCAUGAAGAAAUGUAGCACCAAGUUUUUACUGCCAUGGAAUCCUCCUUCCUACUUAUGGAUCCAGCCUUAUAACUGGACUAGUUAUUAAACUUGGAAAUGAACGCGGGCAUGUAGAUAUUUAAUCACUUAGACCUGGAGAAUCUGCUGCAGAUGUCAGUGUUUUGUCAGCACUAGAAUAGCACAACCAUGUUUCGGAAUAGUCUCAAGAUGCUUCUUACUGGAGGGAAGUCAAGUCGGAAAAACAGAUCAAGUGAUGGAGGGAGUGAGGAACCAUCAGAUCGAAGACAGUCAAGUGUAGACUCUCGCCAAGGCCGCUCUGGGCAAGGUGGCAUCUCCACAGAAAGUGACUGUGCUUUUGAGCCAGACUAUGCCGUCCCUCCACUUCCGGUGAGCGAAGGUAUGCAGCACAUUCGGAUCAUGGAGGGCAUGUCUCGCUCUCUCCCAUCCUCCCCCUUACUCACACAUCAGUCUAUCAGUGUUCGGCUCCAACCUGUGAAGAAGUUAACUGCCCCUCUGAGGAAAGCAAAGUUUGUUGAGAGCCCACGAAUUCCAGAAUCCGAGCUUGGCUCACCCACCCUCACUUCAGCUCAGAAACUGGACGUGGCUGCGUACUGUGCUGAUGAUGCUGAACAGGAACUUGGCCCCCCUCCCUCUGUAGAUGAGGCAGCAAACACACUCAUGACUCGUCUGGGUUUCCUCCUUGGAGAGAAAGUCACGGAAGUUCAACCAGGUGACCAGUACAGCAUGGAAGUACAGGAUGAAAAUCAGACCUCAGCCAUCACCCAGCGGAUCAGCCCUUGCUCUACCCUGACAAGCAGCACUGCCUCCCCCGCAGCCGGCAGCCCCUGCUCCACCCUCCCGCCUGUCAGCACCAGCGCACCUGCCAAGGACUGUAACUAUGGGGCUGUCACCAGUCCAACCUCCACCCUCGAAAGCAGAGAUAGUGGCAUCAUUGCUACAUUGACAAGCUAUUCUGAAAACGUGGAUCGCACAAAAUAUGUUGGGGAGAGCAAUAAAGAAUUAGGAUCUGGAGGAAACCUGAAACCUUGGCAGUCGCAAAAGUCCAGCAUGGAUUCUUGCUUGUAUCGAGUGGAUGAAAACAUGACGGCUUCCACCUAUAGUCUGAACAAGAUCCCAGAGAGGAAUUUGGAGACAGUUUUAUCACAGUCAGUACAAUCUAUUCCUCUGUACCUUAUGCCACGGCCGAAUUCAGUAGCAGCCACAAGCUCUGCCCACUUGGAGGACCUUGCUUACCUGGAUGAGCAGAGACACACACCUCUGCGGACUUCUCUUCGAAUGCCAAGACAGAGCAUGGGUGGUGCUCGCACGCAACAGGAUUUAAGAGUUCGCUUUGCACCUUACAGGCCUCCAGAUAUCUCCCUGAAGCCUCUGCUCUUCGAAGUGCCCAGCAUCACCACAGAGUCCGUGUUCGUUGGCCGUGACUGGGUUUUCCACGAAAUAGACGCUCAACUUCAAAGCUCAAACGCCAGCGUGAACCAGGGCGUAGUGAUCGUGGGGAACAUCGGGUUCGGCAAAACCGCCAUCAUCUCCAGGCUGGUCGCCCUCAGCUGCCACGGCACACGGAUGCGUCAGAUCGCCUCCGACAGUCCUCACGCCUCCCCUAAACAUGUGGAUGCCAACAGAGAGCUGCCACUCACACAGCCACCAUCUGCCCACGCAUCCAUCGCCAGUGGGAGCUGCCCAGGGACUCCAGAAAUGCGCCGGCGGCAGGAGGAGGCCAUGAGGAGACUGGCCUCGCAGGUGGUUGCCUAUCACUAUUGCCAAGCAGACAAUGCCUACACCUGCCUGGUGCCGGAGUUUGUCCACAACGUUGCUGCCCUGCUGUGCCGCUCACCUCAGCUGGCAGCCUACCGGGAGCAGCUGCUCCGGGAGCCUCAUCUGCAGAGCAUGCUGAGCCUUCGGUCCUGUGUGCAGGACCCCAUGGCCUCCUUUCGGAGAGGAGUCCUGGAGCCCUUGGAGAAUCUCCACAAAGAGAGAAAAAUCCCAGAUGAAGAUUUCAUCAUCUUAAUUGAUGGAUUAAAUGAAGCAGAAUUUCACAAACCGGAUUAUGGGGAUACAAUUGUAUCAUUUCUGAGUAAAAUGAUUGGAAAAUUUCCUUCCUGGCUCAAACUAAUUGUAACAGUUAGGACCAGUUUACAGGAAAUUACCAAGCUGCUGCCUUUCCAUAGGAUAUUUUUGGAUCGACUAGAAGAGAAUGAAGCCAUAGACCAGGACCUGCAGGCUUACAUCCUGCACCGGAUACACAGCAGCUCAGAAAUCCAGAAUAACAUUUCACUUAAUGGCAAAAUGGACAAUACUACAUUUGGCAAACUCAGUUCUCACCUCAAGACCCUCAGUCAAGGGUCCUACCUAUACCUGAAACUCACAUUUGACCUCAUAGAGAAAGGCUACCUAGUAUUAAAGAGCUCUAGCUACAAAGUAGUUCCCGUCUCGCUCUCUGAAGUCUACCUACUCCAGUGCAACAUGAAGUUUCCAACCCAGUCUUCCUUUGACCGGGUGAUGCCUCUCCUGAACGUGGCAGUGGCCUCUCUCCACCCACUGACUGAUGAGCAUAUCUUCCAGGCCAUCAAUGCUGGCAGCAUCGAAGGCACACUGGAGUGGGAGGAUUUCCAGCAGAGAAUGGAGAACCUCUCCAUGUUCCUAAUCAAGCGCAGAGACAUGACCCGGAUGUUUGUACAUCCUUCUUUUCGAGAAUGGCUUAUCUGGAGAGAAGAAGGAGAGAAAACAAAAUUUCUCUGUGAUCCCAGGAGCGGUCACACGUUACUUGCCUUCUGGUUUUCCCGCCAAGAGGGAAAACUAAACCGACAGCAGACCAUCGAGCUGGGACACCACAUCCUCAAAGCACAUAUUUUUAAGGGCUUGAGUAAAAAGGUUGGCGUGUCAUCCUCCAUCCUGCAAGGCCUCUGGAUCUCCUAUAGCACAGAAGGUCUUUCCAUGGCCCUGGCAUCUUUACGAAACCUCUACACUCCAAAUAUAAAGGUCAGCCGACUGCUGAUUUUAGGAGGUGCCAACAUUAAUUACCGGACAGAGGUUUUAAAUAAUGCUCCAAUUCUGUGUGUCCAGUCACAUCUUGGCUACACAGAAAUGGUGGCCCUGCUCUUGGAGUUUGGGGCCAACGUGGACGCCUCUUCCGAGAGUGGCCUCACCCCGCUGGGCUACGCGGCCGCGGCGGGCUACCUGAGCAUCGUCGUGCUGCUGUGCAAGAAGCGGGCCAAGGUGGAUCACUUGGACAAGAACGGGCAGUGUGCGCUGGUCCAUGCUGCGCUGCGCGGCCACCUGGAGGUGGUCAAGUUCUUGAUUCAGUGUGACUGGACCAUGGCUGGCCAGCAGCAAGGGGUGUUCAAGAAGAGCCACGCCAUCCAGCAGGCCCUCAUCGCUGCUGCCAGCAUGGGUUACACCGAGAUUGUCUCCUACCUACUUGAUCUUCCAGAAAAAGAUGAAGAGGAAGUGGAGCGAGCACAGAUCAACAGCUUCGACAGUCUCUGGGGAGAGACAGCGCUGACAGCCGCAGCCGGGAGGGGCAAGCUGGAGGUGUGCCGGCUGCUCCUGGAACAGGGCGCCGCGGUGGCCCAGCCAAACCGCCGGGGGGCAGUGCCCCUGUUCAGCACCGUUCGCCAGGGCCACUGGCAGAUUGUUGAUCUCUUACUCACCCACGGUGCUGACGUCAACAUGGCAGACAAGCAGGGCCGCACACCCCUGAUGAUGGCUGCUUCUGAAGGCCACCUGGGAACUGUGGACUUUCUACUUGCACAAGGCGCCUCCAUUGCUCUCAUGGACAAGGAAGGAUUGACAGCCCUCAGCUGGGCCUGUUUAAAGGGUCAUCUGUCCGUCGUACGUUCUCUGGUGGAUAACGGAGCUGCCACAGACCAUGCUGACAAGAAUGGCCGUACCCCACUCGAUCUGGCCGCUUUCUACGGCGAUGCUGAGGUGGUCCAAUUCCUGGUGGAUCAUGGGGCCAUGAUCGAGCACGUGGACUACAGCGGGAUGCGCCCCUUGGACCGGGCGGUGGGGUGCCGGAACACCUCUGUUGUUGUCACCCUUCUGAAGAAAGGCGCCAAGAUAGGUUGUCAGACGUUACCGAGUCGCCCACGAGGUCCAGCCACAUGGGCGAUGGCCACCUCCAAGCCAGACAUCAUGAUCAUCCUGUUGAGCAAGCUGAUGGAAGAGGGGGACAUGUUUUAUAAGAAAGGGAAAGUGAAGGAGGCUGCCCAGCGGUACCAGUACGCUCUGAAGAAGUUCCCUAGAGAAGGGUUUGGUGAGGACUUGAAAACCUUCCGGGAACUAAAGGUGUCUCUCCUCCUCAACCUCUCUCGAUGUCGCAGGAAAAUGAACGACUUUGGAAUGGCGGAGGAAUUCGCUACUAAGGCCCUGGAGCUGAAACCGAAAUCUUACGAAGCUUACUAUGCGAGAGCAAGGGCAAAGCGCAGCAGCAGACAGUUUGCAGCAGCCUUGGAGGACCUGAACGAGGCCAUCAAGCUGUGUCCAAACAACCGUGAGAUCCAGCGGCUCCUGAUGAGAGUGGAGGAGGAGUGUAGACAGAUGCAGCAGCCACAGCAGCCGCCGCCACCGCCACCACCACCCCAGCCACAGUUACCCGAAGAAACCGAGCCCGAACCCCAGCACGAAGAGCUGUACGCUGUGCAGGAUAUAUUCGAAGAGGAAUACCUGGAACAGGAUGUGGAAAACGUUUCCAUUGGCCUCCAGACAGAGGCGCGGCCCACCCAGGGGCUCCCCAUCAUCCAGAGCCCGCCCUCCUCCCCAGCCCACCGGGACGCGGCCUACAUCUCCGGCUCACCGCUCGGCUCUCAUCAGGUGUUUGACUUCCGGUCUGGUAGUUCUGUAGGGUCUCCCACUAGACAAGGCUAUCAGUCCACCUCACCUGCUCUCUCUCCAACUCACCAGAACUCUCAUUACCGGCCUAGCCCUCCACAUACUUCCCCAGCUCAUCAGGGCGGGUCUUACCGCUUCAGCCCCCCUCCCGUGGGCGGGCAGGGCAAGGAAUACCCGAGUCCUCCUCCCUCCCCGCUCCGCAGAGGCCCUCAGUACCGGGCCAGCCCCCCAGCAGAAAGCAUGAGUGUCUACAGGUCCCAGUCUGGCUCACCGGUGCGCUAUCAGCAAGAAACAAAUGUUAGUCAGCUUCCUGGCAGACCAAAGUCUCCAUUAUCUAAAAUGGCCCAGCGGCCCUACCAGAUGCCUCAGCUUCCUGUGGCGGUUCCCCAGCAAGGGCUGAGGCUGCAGCCUGCCAAGGCCCAGAUCGUGAGGAGCAACCAGCCCAGCGCAGCCGUCCACUCGAGCACCGUCAUCUCCACAGGGGCCUAUGGCCAGGUAGCCCAUUCAAUGGCCAGUAAGUACCAGCCUUCACAGGGAGACAUGGGAGUCAGUCAGAGCCGCUUGGUUUAUCAAGGGUCCAUUGGGGGGAUCGUGGGGGAUGCGAGACCUGUGCAGCACGUCCAGGCCAGCCUGAGCGCGGGCGCCAUCUGUCAGCAUGGAGGGCUGACCAAGGAGGACCUGCCCCAGCGGCCGUCCUCAGCCUAUCGAGGUGGCAUGAGGUACAGCCAGACGCCACAGAUCGGGCGGAGCCAGUCUGCGUCCUAUUACCCAGUCUGUCACUCAAAACUAGAUCUGGAGCGUUCCUCCAGCCAACUGGGGUCCCCUGAUGUGUCACACUUGAUCAGAAGACCUAUCAGUGUCAACCCUAAUGACAUCAAACCCCACCCCCCCACCCCGCGGCCGCUGCUGCACUCCCAGAGUGUAGGCCUUCGCUUCUCGCCAUCCAGCAAUAGCAUCUCAUCCACCUCCAGCCUAACGCCUACCUUCCGGCCGUCUUCCUCCAUUCAGCAAAUGGAGAUCCCCCUAAAACCGGCGUAUGAUAGGUCAUGUGACGAGCUAUCGCCAGUGUCUCCCACUCAGGGAGGUUACCCCAGUGAGCCCACCCGAUCCAGGACCACACCAUUCAUGGGGAUCAUAGAUAAGACAGCCCGGACUCAGCAGUACCCCCACCUUCACCAGCAGAAUCGGACCUGGGCAGUGUCAUCCGUGGACACCGUGCUCAGCCCCACGUCUCCAGGCAACCUGCCUCCACCCGAGUCCUUCAGCCCGCCAUCCUCCAUCAGCAACAUUGCCUUUUAUAACAAAACCAACAAUGCACAGAACGGCCAUUUGCUGGAGGACGAUUAUUACAGCCCCCAUGGGAUGCUGGCUAACGGGUCCCGCGGAGACCUCCUGGAGCGAGUCAGCCAGGCCUCCUCCUACCCCGACGUGAAGGUGGCUCGGACCCUCCCUGUGGCUCAGGCAUACCAGGACAACCUGUACCGGCAGCUGUCCCGGGACUCUCGACAAGGGCAGACAUCCCCUAUCAAACCAAAGAGACCAUUUGUGGAGUCUAAUGUUUAAAAGACAUCUGUUGGAGUGAGACCCGUAUGUUAUCACUGCACAUUUUCAGGCUUGGUUUCCACAUCCGAGGUAGUUCUCCGGCUUCAUUUCUCAUGUAGUUUCUGUGUGGUGUUCAGAGGUGGCCGCCCACAUGCUGAAACCCUUUGCAUGCAGCCCACCGGGAAGCUGGCCUCAGCGCGCCAGGACUUCAGUCUCUCUCGUCUGUGCCCCAGCCACGUGCUCCCCCUCUCCAGACGCCAACGAGGAGGUUGUCGCGCCCUGAGCUCUAACCCAGGGAGAUCAGACACUCUGGUCAGCUGUUUCCAGGAGACAAUCGCUUUCACUGAUGUUCUUGUUGUGUAACUGUCUUUCUCCUUUUUUACAAAAAUAAGAUGUUCUUGUUCAUUUUCUUCUAGGAACUGUAGGAAGAGUGUGAUGCCCCUUUGCCUUUGCAUUCUGCCCCAGUGUUACCCAGAUCGCCAGCCCCAGCACGUUCUCGUGCCACGGCCCCUCCCCUGGACCGCCAGUUCCCUGGCCAGCGGGGCCAGGAUGUCCAUUGCGAGCGUUGCUGGUCUCCCUCGGGGGGUAUCAAGGGGAAAGAGGAGAAAUCAGUCCGCUAAAUUGGAAGGAAAAAAAUAUAUAAUUAUUUGAAAUGUCAUGACAUUGAUCUUUCCAAGAGACAUACAGAAAACAACCAACCCUUUCAAGAGUUCAGUCAGCCAAGGAAACUAUGGAUGGGAAUCGUGGGUGUUCUUAAACAUUCAGUGAGAGUCUUUCUUUAGGUUUUUAGACAAUAACCAUGAAAAGCUGCUGAUUUUCCAUAGGUGGGGGAGGGGAUAUAUAAAUAUAUGGAGAGAGAGAGAGAGACCAAAAGAAAGACUGUUCUGGAUUCUGAGGAAAGGCUGUAGAAAAUCUUGGUCUUGCAGAAGUCUGCUUUCUUAGGUCCUGCUCUAUCACCGAGUAUCCUGUUCCACAAAACAGCAAACUUCUUGAAGAUCGACUGGUGCAAUAAUCACGGUAGGGUCUUCACCUGCAGCCAGACUGUGGGCCGCUGGCCCUCUCUUUCACACCCGGAUGGCAGUGCGGGGACUGGUUCUUUUGAGACCCAGGGUGCAGCCCAGAGUCCACACCAGGCCUGGCGCGUUCCCUGCCCAGUGUCGCCUAAAUCCGUUUCAAGAUCAAUAGUUUCUUUAUUAUUAUUGGGUUGUUUCCUCUUUUCCUUCUCUAGACAGGAGUGUUUGGGGAGUGGUAUUUGGAAAGCAGACACUGCAGAGGGGUUUCAGGGUGAAGAAAGACCCCUCCCAGGCCUGGUGAGCGCCCCUGAGGUAGACCGUGCCCCCCACACGCCCUCCCCGCCCAGUGGUCCUUGGCUGUCCUGUCCGGUGUGUGAGUGACCAGUGACCCAGGCCAGCACGAGUUGGACGCCAAGAUCACUGAGACCAAAGCCUUAGCACAGGCCUGGCACUGACGCACAUCAGCUCGUAAAAUUUAACAAGAUAAACAACGAAAACUAAACAAAAGGGAACGGGUUCUCUGUUGCUAGGAAUCAUUCUGCGCUUGUUGGUAAAGGGCGACAGGAAGCGCAGCUUCCUGAGUGAGAGUCCAGAUGUGACCAGACCUGUUUGUAACAGUACGUGUCCCCUGAAAGUGUCACUCGGCGAGGGGAGGUGAGAUCAGAAACUGGAUGGGCCCCCGCCCGCCGGCCCGGACGGAUCAGGCUGGUCUCUGGCUGGAUGCAAACAGCGGUCCUGACUCGGGCCCCAGGCUCUUUCUACUCUGAUGCCUCAGGGCUGUCUCCUGCCCCGGGCCAGGGCUGUCCGUGUCCUCUCCCCCUCCCCGCCCCCCCUUCUCUCCUCACAAAGAUGAAACAUGCAGCUGUCCCAUCAGCCCAGGCCAGGAGCCCAGCAGCCCCCCAGCUCCUCCUGGUCCAGGUGUCGGCCCGGUUCUUGGCACCUCAUCCCCUUUAACCGCCUCUCACUGAGGAGUCGCUGCUACAUUUUGAGGCAUUGCUCAGUGUCUGUUAGCAAAGUGCCCGUGUGCGCAACACCAUGCCCACCACCCGCACCCCGUCUGGGUGGGUGAGCUGGUCCUGUGGUUGUGCAGAUGCACCCCUUCUUCCCGGGCCUCUCCGUUCUCCAGGACGAACCCAGGAUUUAAGGUGCGAGCUAUUGGGCAGAACCGCUGUCAGUAGUCAGAAUGCACUUCCUUUAUGGCCAGUGUAGGAGCACGUGAACCUCACUGCAGGGUGCCAGUUUUUGCCUAGAAAAUGCCAACUGGACUUUUGGGGGACAGGAGACCGAGGUUUUCCUGGUAAGCAGACUGCCUGUGCCCUGUUUGGCUACUUCACUGCCACGAGAUGAUCUUAGUACUGUACCUUAGAGAUGCCCCUGCCCAGCAACACUUGCUGAAUAGGGUCUGGCUUCAGGUGGGGGCUCCCUCCCAAUUCACAUCACCCCGGAACGCAGUCGCGGUGGUGACAAGCCUCAGCUUGGGGGUUUCUCGCCCAGUCGUAUGUGCCGCUCACCCAGAAUUCUUGCAGUGAUGGGUUCCCAUCAUGUCAUGUCUAUAAAUGGGUGCACUUUACUGUUUGAAUUUGUAACUGAUAAAUACUGGAUAUUUAAGUGUGAGUAAUGUCUUCAUUAGAAAAUAGCAAAACCGCUCUUGUCUUUUAGUGUAUUUUUCAAGGAAAAAAAAAGAAAUCAAGCAGUGGAUCACAACAUUUAUAGCACAAGAAAUAACUGUUGUAUAUAAGCAUCAAAACGAUUAAGAGUUUUUAAAUACAAAAAAAAAAUCUUUGCAGUGAUUUUAAAGUGCUUUUCCAGCAAUUUUCUUAGGGACUCCUGAGACAUGGUUACUUUAUUUACUGGAUCAGUAAGGCACACAUUAACAAUUAAAAAUUAAUGUUUAUUUACAACGUAAAGGGAAAACCUGUGUAAAAUGAGAAUUUGGCAAGGACAAAAUGGAGGCCAUUUUGUGUCUGCUGUUGCGUCUCGUCCGAGCUGCGCUGUCACACCCCGCGGUGACAGCGCACGAGCCCUUCUGCUCCCCCCACGCGCCCUCUUCUUAGUGUUUGGCUUAAACGCGAAGGCUCAGGAAGAUUCCACUAAUUAGAAUCAUGUACAGUACCCCAGGUCGUUGUCCAGAGAUGCAAGUUUGCUAAUUUAGUAAAGCCUGGAUUAUUAAACAUUUUCCUAAAUUAUUGUAAACAGACAGCUUAGUAAAGGUAUUCGCCGUCCUUAUAUUGUAUAGUAGUUUAUGAAUCCCUCUCUAAAUAUUGGUAUUUUUAUACUCCAGAGACUACCCAAUAGAAAAACUAAUCCGCAUCUAACUUGAUAUCCGUGAGUAUUUUCCUUAGACUUUAGUCAUCACACGGUGGGUUACCCGGACGUCCCCUUGCUUCACCAUGUUUCACCACUAGGUGUCACUGUGGCUCUGCACCAGGCUUGGCGGGGGGCACAGAAUGGCAGCGUCUCCUCUGGAGGAGUCUCUUCCAGGGCAGCGGGCAGGCCCAUGGGCUCAGAGGGUUCCGGGGUGGGGAACAAAGGCCUGGGAAGUGUCUUCACGCGUCUGUGCCAGUUGUGGCAAGAGCAGCUCUUUGGACCUUGGGCGGAGGCUGGGAGGUUGACUCGGACUCCCUUGCGCUGGUGGAUGCGGGGAGGUGGAAAACCCCCUUCCUGCCCGGGAGCAGCCCCUUUCAGCUCCUCUUCGCCUCCGGCUUUUAUUACUCCAGAGGGGUCACAGGUGGGUGGUUUGAGUCAAAGACAGCUAUUUUUCUACUGCAGAAAUGCCUUGGACAAAACCCGUUGCUCCCUGAAUCUUUGCCACAAAAUGGAACAGGCUCCCCCAGGGGGCAAGAUGUGCCCGCCCCGCCUGCCUGUCCUGGGCUGCCCGCUCCUCCGGACGCCCGCGCGCACAGGCAGCCUGCUGCCGCCGCUGCCCCACCAGGCAUGGGGAGGUGUGGUGUGGCCUUCUCUCCUUUUCCUCGGGAAACUCCAGACUGACCAUCUACCAUGACUAACAACAAUGAACCAAGGGCUUAGGGGUAAGAGCUACCUACAAAGACGUGUCAUGGAAACCUUCACCAUGCAAUGCCUUGAACUCAGCUCUGGCUGCUUCCGAGAAAAGGUGGCUGGCUGGGGGCCUGGACACAAGCACAAUGGGGCUGGUGGGGCCACUGUGCAGAGCUACUUGAACAAUCACUGGGUCUUCAUCACUCCUUUUCUAACAGACCACUCAAGGGCUGAAGUGUUGGUAACCUGCAUUUCGGUGUCCAAUGCCUCACAGCAGCUGAACCACCCUCAGAUGCUUGUGGCCACGUGUUGGCCACGGCCAGAGCUUUGAAAGUCAGUACCAAAUGAACGCCUAAUUGGACACCAAAAAUCAAGCGUUACUUUCCUGUUUCCUCACCCGCAUCAUCUCAUUCCUUCCUGCUGACUGAUAGCUGCACCGAGCUGGCCUGUCGGGGCCUGGCUGGGUGCCUGGAGGCGCAGGCCAGCGUGGCUCUCAUUUUUGCAGACACACCUACUCUGGAAGGGAAGGGGCCUAGCUGAUGUGCUUUCGUAGCGCUCGUUGCUGGAUUUUUCUUUUGCCAAUCACUGACCGGAACAGCCGGUUAGGGGGACUCAACUCCAUCCCCUCGAUCCCCAGGACCAGACAGACAGUCGAUUCUGGGAAUUCAGUACUUGAAUGUACCUGCCUUAUUGUGUUCCAACUUUCUGGGGAAAACAGUCCUGCCGGCCCAGGCCUGCUGCACUCACAGGUCACUCGUGGCGGCAACACUUCCUGUUCCGGUUUCUUUCCUGUUUCUGUCCUUUCUUUUUUUUUGUCCUUUGGCUGAUUCCUGCGGAGUGGGGCCAGUUCCUCGUCAGGCUCAGGGCAGGUGCCACUCUCAGGUGUGGCCUCCUUUCCAUCUACCCCAGCAUCUCUGUCUCUGUUCUGUCUCCUCCAAACCCAAGAUGAUUUUAAUUAGUACAGACGUGUACAGUCUACAAUUCAAGAGUGAUUUGUACUAAUAUGAUUUUGAUUCUUCCUCUUUGCUGUCCUUUCAAGACACUUGCUGGAAAAAGCUUUAAUGCACUUAGUUUUCCUUUAGGUUUUCUAUACUCAGAUGUAAAGGACUCUGUACAGUGUAUCCUCAAGUGCAUGUUUGUCCUCUACCCCGAUCUAUUGAACACCACACGGUUGUGACUCGCCAGUGGGGACGGCCCCCACGCAGCAGAGGCGGUAGCCCCUGUGUAUAAGGAAAGACAUUCUCCUUUGCUGUACUUGCUUGAGCAGUUUUAUUGUCUGUACAUGUGAGCUGUGUGAGAUAGAUGUGAAAAGUUCAAUGAAUGCAUUUUCCUGCCCAUGUAUACAGAGCACCAUCUGUACAAUGAACUGUAUGUAUGAAAGCAAAUGUACUUAUUUAUAAAUGGGUAACACUUAGAAAAACAUGGCGGUGUCUGCU